CAGCCAUUGUAUUGCCGGUUGCCCAAUCCCGAGGUCGGUAUUACCAACCAGCAACUUACCGACCCGCUGGGAGACAGAGUGUCAGCGGUGGAUGGCCCCACAUGGGCCAGCCACCAUCAUGUCAAUGUUGGUGCAAAACCCAGCUAUGCGGGGCUCGAGAUAUCGUGUAACAUGUCGCCUGCACCUCGACGAUGGUUAGAUGAUGGUUCAAGUCCCGGACCGGUUACAGGGAGCCACGUAAAGGUGGCGCUUCUGUCAGAAGCAUUGAAGGUGCGUCAAGCACAAGAGAAAUGGUGCAUCAAGGCUUGGAGUGUUGCGCAGCUAACAUGCGGGGUACGUCCGGUGUGUGGGAAGUUGACAGCGGAAGCGGUCAAGGUGCCUAGGCAUAAGCAGUGAGAUGGUACUGAUGGAGAAUGUCGAUUACAGUGUCAGUGGUGCAUAUUCCAUGGCUGUCUUCCGUGGUUGGAUAUGUUUCACUGGCCAAUGGCUUCUCAGCCAUUGACCAGUCACCGCCGGAUGGGAUUGGGUAUGUAAGCCGGCACGCGUUGGACUUCUAUUGGACCGGUCGAAUCGCCACAGGUACGGAUAGAGCGAAGAGGAAAAAGAAUCGGGGGGGACGGGCAGGGUUCAUGCAUGGUUCGGUGCUGAGGCAUUGAGAUGGCAGAUUUGAACAACAGAUGGGAUAUCCGCUCUAAGCGCAACACGGGGUCGGGUGUGUUUUGAUUUCGAUAGCAAACGCCUUGGAAGUUCAAAAGAAAGCACAAAGGGAACCAGGACAGGGCAGCGAGGGCGGGAUCUGUUGCAUAUCUGGCAGAGACUGGAAAACUGGGACGUCAGCCUCCCAGUCCCACCAGCAGCAGGGAA